GAGAGAGCGAAGAGAGAGAGCCCCUCUCUCCCACGACCCCCACGCCUCGGAAGCGAAUCCCCCGCGCCGGAAGCCAAAGCAAGCCACGGCCGCCGCGGGGAGUCGGGAAGGGAGAAGCAACUAAGCAAGCGAGCGCGGAGGGCCGGAGGGGCAUGACGCGAAGGAAGAAGGCGGCGGCCGAGGUCCCCGCGAAGAAGCGGCCGGGAGGAGGGCCCGGGCCCGGCGCGUCCCCGGCGGCGCCGCCCGCGGACCCCACCGCCGGGAGCCGCGCGGCGGUGGCGGAGUGCGCGGCGGCGUGCUGCGUGCUCUGCGCGUGCCUGCCCGUGGCCGUGCUCUGCUGCGUGGCGCGCGCGCCGCUCCGCGUCGCGAGGCGGUGCUGCGGCAGGUGGAGGCGGCGGCCCCGGCGGCGGCUCGCGCCGGGGGGAUCGUCGUCGUUCUCGGACGCCGAGGUCGGGGAGUUCCUGCGGGGCGGCGCCGGCAGGCGGGCAAUGGGGCGGGAGGAGGACCGGGCCCCGGCUCGGUCGCGGUCGCCGCGUGCGCGUGGAGGCCGGACAUCCUAGCAGCCGCAGCCGGCGCGUCUACCGCCGCCGCCGCGGCGCCGCCUCGGGAUCGGAGGAGGUAGCGUCAAGUUAGUCAGUUAC